CAGUCGAUUUGCUGACAGGGGAGGAAUUUGCAUCCUGGAUUAAAAAAAAAAGGCCGAGAGGAGCUUGGGAACGGUUGCUAGGGGUGGGUAAUGGGUGAAAAAAGGGGGGCGCCGGGGAGCGGAUCAGGAGGGGGGCGGGAGGGGGCGCGGGUGGGGAGCAAUGGAAAGGUAAGGCCAGGUUACCGCGGCUCGGCCCCGAGUGGGCUGCGGCCGGGGGAGGGGCGAGAGAUACAUAUGUAUUUCUGUCUCCCUAGCACACCCCCUUCCCUCUAAGCGAUGGCUGAGAGGCGGUGCAUGCAGAUGGGGAGUAAGUUUCCUGAAGGGGAGGGUGGAUGCACGCGCGCAGCCCCGCGCUGCAAAUUUCCACCGGGGAGGGAGAGUGGCUGGAUGCGGAGAGUUUGGAGUUGCUGGCGGCGGAGGGCAGGCGGGGGCGCAGGGCCGGGGCCGGGGGCUGGCGGGCGCUAUAGCUGGGAGUAAGUUUCCAGGAUCGGGAGAGCCUGCACGCUGGCUCGCUACUCUGCUGGCCCCCCAUCUCGCCCCCCAAGCGGAGACUGGUCUUGUCGGAUUGCCCAUGCACUUGUUGCAGAAGCAGCCAAGGCCCUGGCUCUACCGGAUGCUAAAGGAGGAAGACACAGAAGCAAGACGACCUUGAGAGAUUAAGCCUCUUGACCCCGAAACAGAACCAGGUCUCCUCUGCCCACCUGCCCAGCAGCAUGAGAACAGCAUGACUGGCCAGCCACAGCAGAAGCCCCCAGAGCCCCAACUCAGCCAUCUGCUGCGGAGGUCAAGGUGUGAGCAGCAACUCUUCACCACGGUGGUGUUUGGUCGGGACCUCAGCCCGGGUGAGGAUGUAAGAGCCACCGCCCUGCACAUGCGCGGUACAAGUCAAGAGGACCAUCUGGCUCUAGCCACGCUCACAGACAUGUCAGCCGUGGAAUAGUGUGGACACUUUCUCUCAGCUUCUCAGGGUUUCAGUCCUUCUGGAUUUGUUUCAUUUACCUUUUUAUAUGGUUUUGUGGCUGGACGUUCACCACCCAGGCGGGCAUCAUGGGGGAUCAGCAGCUCUACAAGACCAACCACGUGACUCACGGUGGUGAGAACCUUUUCUACCAACAGCCACCACUAGGCGUCCACAGCGGGCUGAACCACAACUAUGGGAAUACAGUCACAGGGGCUGGGAUGGAUGCCUCUCAGGCAUCACCCAUCUCCCCCCACUUCCCUCAAGAUACACGGGAUGGUCUAGGCUUGCCUGUUGGCUCCAAAAACCUUGGCCCAGUGGAUACCUCCAGGCAGGGAGGGUGGAGUGGCCAUGCAGGGCCUGGAAACCAUGUUCAGCUACGUGGCAACCUGACCAACUCAAAUAUGAUGUGGGCGGCACCGAGCCAGCCUGAACCCACUGAUGGUUACCAGUACACCUACUCCCAGGCUAGCGAGAUCCGGACCCAGAAGCUCACCAGUGGUGUCCUGCACAAACUAGACUCCUUCACCCAGGUGUUUGCCAACCAAAACCUGCGAAUUCAGGUUAACAAUAUGGCCCAGGUGCUGCACACCCAGUCAGCAGUGAUGGAUGGAGCCCCUGACAGUGCCCUCCGCCAGCUGCUGUCCCAGAAGCCCAUGGAGCCCCCUGCAUCGGCCAUACCUUCCCGCUACCAGCAGGUGCCGCAGCAGCCUCACCCUGGUUUCACUGGGGGGCUGUCCAAACCAGCUCUUCAGGUCGGGCAGCACCCUAGCCAAGGACACCUGUAUUAUGACUACCAGCAGCCACUGGCUCAGAUGCCAGUGCAGGGAGGACAGCCACUGCAGGCCCCACAGAUGCUGUCCCAGCACAUGCAACAGAUGCAGCAGCAUCAGUAUUACCCACAGCAGCAACAGCAGCAAGCUGGCCAGCAGCGGAUGUCGAUGCAAGAAAUGCAGCAGCAGCAGCUUCGCCCACCACAGCCCCAGCAGCAGCAGCAACAGCAGCAGCAGCAGCAGCAGCAGCAGCAACAGCAGCAUCUUCAGCUGCAGCAGCGGCAGAGUUCAGUGCAGAUACCUCAGUAUUACCAGUCCCAACCCAUGAUGCAGCACUUACAAGAGCAGCAGCAGCAACAGAUGCACCUACAGCCCCCUUCUUAUCACAGGGACCCCCACCAGUACACUCCGGAGCAGGCCCACGCUGUCCAGCUGAUUCAGCUGGGCUCCAUGCCCCAGUACUACUACCAGGAGUCCCAGCAGCCCUACAACCACCCCCUCUACCAGCAGAGCCACCUGCCCCAGCACCAGCAGCGUGAGGACAGUCAGCCCAAGACCUACCCGAGCGACAGACAGAGCCAGGCCAUGCUGAGCUCCCAUGGGGACCUGGGGCCCCCUGAUACAGGAAUGGCAGACCCAGCAAGCAUGGACCUGAAUCGGGCCAGCAGUGCCCUGCCACAUCGGCCACUCCUGUCCCCCAGUGGAGUCCACCUCAACAACAUGGGACCUCAGCACCAGCAGCUGUCUCCCAGUGCCAUGUGGCCCCAGAUGCACCUACCUGAUGACAGAGCCCAGCCAGGGUCCCCUGAGUCAAGUGGCCAACCGAAAGGCGUGUUUGGGGAGCAGUUUGACGCCAAGAACAAGCUGACAUGCUCCAUCUGCCUGAAGGAGUUCAAGAGCCUGCCUGCCCUGAACGGCCACAUGCGGUCGCACGGGGGAAUGAGGGCUUCCCCCAGCCUCAAACAGGAGGAAGGAGAGAAGGCCCCGCCACCUCAGCCACCUCAGCCCCAGCCGCCACUGCCGCCUCCGCCGCCACCGCAACCGCAGCUCCCUCCCGAGGCUGAAAGCCUCACGCCUAUGGUCAUGCCCGUGUCUGUCCCUGUCAAGCUUCUCCCGCCCAAGCCCAGCUCUCAGGGCUUCGCCAACAGCGUCGUUGCCGCCCCCUCCGCCAGAGACAAGCCAGCCAGCUCGAUGUCGGACGACGAGAUGCCCGUGCUCGUGAGGAUGACCCUCUCUCCCCCACACUCACCCCAAGGGGCUGUCCCCCGCACGCCUGCUCCCCUCUCCCAGGUUCUCCAGAUCACCCCAAUUCCAGCAACCAAGGAUGUAACCACCUCCGGCACAGCAGAGCCUCCAGGCAACAGCCCAGACAGCCAUUCCAAUGGUCAGCCUUACCAGGAAAUCCCCAGGAAGCAUCAGCCCGGCGUUGCCAAGGCUGAGGAAACCCUGAAGACCCUGCCGGAGAAGGAGAAGAAAAAGUUCCGGCACCGGCCUGAGCCGCUCUUCAUCCCGCCACCGCCCUCCUACAACCCGAACCCCGCCUCCUCGUACUCGGGCGCCACCCUGUACCAGAGUCAGCUGCGCUCCCCGCGCAUCCUAGGGGACCACCUGCUCCUGGACGCCGCCCACGAGCUGCCCCCCUACACGCCCCCGCCCAUGCUGAGCCCGGUGCGCCAGGGCUCGGGGCUCUUCAGCAACGUCCUCAUCUCGGGGCACGGCCCUGGCGCCCACCCCCAGCUGCCCCUCACGCCGCUGACGCCCACCCCGCGCGUGCUGCUGUGUCGCUCCAACAGCAUCGAUGGCAGCAACGUGACAGUCACCCCAGGGCCUGGAGAGCAGACCGUUGAUGUUGAACCACGCAUCAACAUUGGCUUGAGAUUCCAAGCAGAGAUCCCAGAACUCCAGGAUGUCUCUGCCUUGGCCCAGGACACACACAAGGCCACACUGGUAUGGAAGCCCUGGCCAGAGCUGGAAAACCACGACCUCCAGCAAAGAGUGGAAAAUCUCCUGAAUUUGUGCUGUUCAAGUGCAUUACCAGGUGGAGGAACCAAUUCUGAAUUUGCUUUGCACUCUCUCUUCGAGGCCAAAGGUGAUGUGAUGGCUGCUCUGGAAAUGCUGCUGCUGCGGAAGCCAGUCAGGUUAAAAUGUCAUCCUUUAGCAAAUUACCACUAUGCCGGUUCGGACAAAUGGACCUCCCUAGAAAGAAAACUGUUUAAUAAAGCACUGGCCACUUACAGCAAAGACUUUAUUUUUGUACAGAAGAUGGUGAAGUCUAAGACGGUGGCCCAGUGCGUGGAAUACUACUAUACGUGGAAAAAAAUAAUGCGGUUAGGGCGGAAACACCGGACACGCCUCGCGGAAAUCAUUGACGAUUGUGUGACAAGUGAAGAAGAAGAGGAAUUAGAGGAGGAGGAGGAGGACCCUGAAGAAGAUAGGAAAUCCACUAGAGAAGAGGAGAGCGAAGUGCCGAAGUCCCCAGAGCCUCCCCCAGGGCCUGCCCUGGCUCCCACCGAAGGGCCCCCGCUGCAGGCCCUCUGCCAGCCCUCAGGCUCCUUCAUCUGUGAAAUGCCCAACUGCGGGGCUGACUGUAGAUGUCAUGUCACUCCCUUUCUUCCCCAGGUGUUCAGCUCCCGACAGGCACUGAAUGGCCACGCCCGUAUCCACGGUGGCACCAACCAGGUGACCAAAGCCCGGGGUGCUGUCCCCUCUGGGAAGCAGAAGCCUGGCAGUGCCCAGAGCGGGUACUGCUCAGUGAAGAGCUCGCCCUCCCACAGCACCACCAGCGGCGAGACAGACCCCACCACCAUCUUCCCCUGCAAGGAGUGUGGCAAAGUUUUCUUCAAGAUCAAAAGCCGAAAUGCACACAUGAAGACUCAUAGGCAACAGGAGGAACAGCAGAGGCAAAAGGCCCAGAAGGCAGCCUUUGCUGCUGAAAUGGCAGCCACGAUCGAGAGGACUACGGGGCCGGUGGGGGCGCCCGGGCUGCUGCCCCUGGACCAGCUGAAUCUGAUCAAACCUAUCAAGGAUGUGGACAUCCUCGAUGACGACGUUGUCCAGCAGUUAGGCGGCGUCAUGGAAGGGGCUGAGGUCGUGGACACUGAUCUCCUCUUGGAUGAUCAAGAUUCAGUCUUGCUUCGGGGUGACACAGAACUAUAAAGCCCUGCUUGUCCUUAGAGACAGCGAAAACCCACAACCUCCAUCUUCAUUAAUCAGGAAACCAGACUGCCUGCUUGUUUGUAUUCAUUUUAAACUACCUGUCUAAAAAGUGGUCAUUUUAUUCAGGUUUAGAAAAAAAAUUUCCAGUUCUGUUCCUUUUAUUUAAAAAAAAUGUUUUUGUGGGAGGUUGGGGGGAAUAAAUAAUUGGCACAACU